ACCGUUAUCGACGUUUGUUCCGUGAGACCUUUGACGUCAUACAUUAACGAUAUAAAAGAGCUGUAAGCAAUUUCUAUCGGUUCAUGUGUCGAAAAUCUUGGACCAAUCAACAGAGAUGAAAGUCGUAGCUCUCAUUGUGGUAGCCGUCGUCUUUGCCCAGGCGGCAGAGAUCCCGAAGCUUAGGAAUUUUAGGGAUUUACCGCCGAGGUCCGUCCUUUUCCCACGACCAAGUCAGGCUCAGGGUCCAGGCUACUUUAUCCCGACCGGAGAACAUGCGCACACCUUCAGCACACGCGGCAUUUGCGGACAGGUAAAAUACCCGCAAUCUGAACGCAUCGUUGGCGGAGUAGAAGCUGUCCCUCACGAAUUCCCAUGGCAAGUGGCUCUUGUUGUUGAUAAUUCGUGGUUCUGUGGUGCCACCAUCAUCGCUUCCGACUGGAUCUUGACUGCUGCUCACUGCACGGAUGGAGGCCGCUCGUUCGAAGUCAUCCUUGGCGCUCAUAAUAAGAACAUUGUCGAGCCGACUCAAGUCAGAAUUAUGGCCACCGAAUACACCAUGCAUCCUAGAUGGAAUUCCGCUCGUCUUCAGAACGAUGUCGCUCUUAUUAAACUGCCUACACCCGUCUCUUUCACUCCUGAAAUUGCACCGAUAUGUUUGGUGCCAUCCACUGAGGAGGAUCACGUUGGGGACAUUCUAUUGGCUUCCGGAUGGGGUCUCGAUUCCGACACUGCGACCAGCACUACAGCCACACUUCGUAAAGUCACUGCUCCCGGAAUCAGCGUACAAGACUGCCAGGAUGUAUACGGAAAUGGCGUGCUAGAUUCAGUUCUGUGCAUUGACACUACUGGCGGUCACGGAACAUGCAACGGAGAUUCUGGCGGCCCGUUGAGCUACAUCAACAACGGAGUCUACAAUCAGGUCGGCCUCGUCAGUUUCGGCUCGGCCAGCGGCUGUGAGCUUGGAUAUCCCACUGGAUUUUCACGCAUUUCCAGCUUUGUUGACUGGAUCGUCUCGGUGACCGGUUUGGUUGUCUAAAUAAAAAUGUCUGUGAUUUAUUUGGUACGAAUCGACAAGUUGUCAAAGAUCUUUUUUGAUAUUAUCAGUUCGUUGUGAUGCUUUUUGAAUACGUGAAAAGCGUCUACUAACGUCACUUGAAUCAACACGCAAUAAACCUUG